AUGCGGAAGGUUCCUACACAGACGAAGGGAGAAAAAACAAGGAAGUGGCUGGUUUGGUCAAUGAAACUAAAGUGAUCGCUUUUUUAUUGUUAUUCAAAGCCAAAUAUCAGCGCAAACGGUGAUUUUUAAAUCCAUGGGGAGCUGGAUUGUAUCCUAAGAUAGAGGAUGCUGCUCACUCCUGGGACGAACGAGAAAGGCACACAGGCAGUUCUGCUGAGUCCAGAUAAAUCUUGUUACUGUCUCACUGGAAGCAGAAACGUCAAACGAUGUGCACCACCCUCACCGCUGAUUUUAGUAGAUAACACAAAGUAACCCGUCGGACCGUUCCCUUUCACAUAGUCCCCGUUCCAUCGUCAUGAACUCGGUGGCGUGGAACAGCUUCCACGAGGUGCGCCGGUUGUGCCACUGGGGGCCGAUCAUCGCCUUGUCGGUCAUCGCCGUGUGCUCCACCGUGGCCGUGCUGGAUUCCAUCAUCUGGUACUGGCCCCUAGACACGUCCGGCGGCAGCAUCAACUUCAUCAUGCUCCUCAAUUGGACCGUCCUCAUCCUCUACAACUACUUCAACGCCAUGUUUGUCGGGCCGGGGUACAUCCCUUUUAGUUGGAAGCCGGAGAAUCAAGAGGACAUGCAGUACUUGCAGUAUUGCAAAGUGUGCCAAGGGUUCAAGGCCCCGAGGUCCCACCACUGCCGCAAGUGUAACAGGUGCGUGAUGAAGAUGGACCACCACUGCCCCUGGAUCAACAACUGCUGUGGCCACCAGAACCAUGCCUACUUCACCAGCUUCCUGCUGCUGGCCCCGCUGGGCUGCACGCACGCCGCCGCCAUCUUUAUCAUGACCAUGUACACGCAGCUCAACGAGAGGAUUUCAUUCGGGUGGAGCACGGUGAAGAUCGACAUGAGCGCCGUUCAUCAGAGCCAGCCCCUUGUGCCCUUCAACGUGGCCGCCUUUGCCGUCACACUCUUCGCCUUGGGCCUGGCGCUCGGCACCACCAUCGCUGUCGGCAUGCUCUUCGUCAUACAGAUGAAAGUCAUCUUACAAAAUAAAACCUCAAUAGAGUCCUGGAUCGAAGAAAAGGCCAAAGACCGAAUACAGCACUACCAAACCGAGGAGGAGUUCAUCUUCCCGUACGACCUUGGCAGCCGCUGGCUCAACUUGAAGGAGGUCUUCACGUGGUCGGGGGUGCCCAAAGGAGACGGCAUCAUAUGGCCUGUCCACCACAAGUGUCACCAGCACACCUUAACGAUUGAGCAACUCAAGCAGAAGGCCGACAAACGGGUGAGAAGUCAGGUCCAGUAUCUGGCGGUGGAAGACUACAAUGGCGCCUGCUGCCCCAUGACCAAGGGCAUCCGAACUUUUUUCCGGACCCCUUGCACAGAGGAGCCCAGGAUAGCCCUGCGACGGGGGGACACCAUCCUGGCCACCCGCGGGACCAAGUGGUGGAUGUACGGAGACAAAGUGUUAAACGAGGAGCAAACAAGAGCAGGGGAGCGCAUCCGUGGAUGGUUUCCACGGCGAUGCGUGGAGAAGUGCCAUUACGACACCGCGGCCGUGGAGAGCGCCGUAGAUAAGAAAGCCAACUAACGUGGUUGUCCGUUCCCCAUUGCCCAAGUCACUCCGGGUGCUGCGUCCAUAUUGUGGUCCACACACAUUUUGAUACCGACUUGAAUUUGUCAAAAAUGAACCAAUCUUACUGAGCAUCAGUCAUGUGGCUUGAAGAAGAAGGCUUUAAUGUGACUACGUAACAUAUUUGACUUGAAUUCUGGUUUUUUUUUUUUACGCGUGCCAAUGUUGUUAGUGCAUUUUUUGCUAAUUAUGCAAUGCCUUUGCUGCCCCCGUCGGCCAACCCCCGGGGCCUCCUCAUGCAACUCUUUCUACUCUGUAGCCCAACAUGUAAUGCUUGGAUUGGUUUUAUUAUGUUUUGUACAAACAAGCGAUUUUCCUCAAAUAUAAAAACAUUUCAAAACAA